GAUUUUAAACAUGCUAUAUUUCAGACAUACUCAAGUCAGGGAACAGAGGAUGGUAGUUGGCUGGUAGAUGAAAGUGAAGUUACUUCUGAUGAAACACUUGUCAGUGAGGGUGAAGAUUUUGUUCAAGUCAUUGUUGAUGAGCUUGGGUCCCUAUUACUUAAAUUAGACUGCAUCUUCAACGUCUCUAUUAGGUGUAUAGAUGAGAUUGUAGACGAGCUUCGGUUCAUAACCAGAAGCAGAGGUGAACUACCUUCCUCCACAUCCAAGUGGAGAAACAAGCAACAGUCUGGAGAUUGAAAGACAGGAACUUCUUAAUGAGGUAAAGAAGAGUAACAACAACAAGGUGAUUCAAGAGAAAAUGGCCAAAACAUUCUCGAUUCGAAGGCUUGAGAUUGUGAGUGAAAGUCCAACUGCUGAGAUCUUCAGAGAGAGAUGGCCUGCAUUGUUUUGUGAAGAUGGGAUCAAGGAAGAAUUCAGGAGGAUAUCUACAAUGUCCCUGGAGCAGAGCUUCAUGUACAAACUUGACAACUACACACCGAAACUUAUUACCCUGAUGAAGGCAAAGGGAGGUGUUUUGGGGACCACGCUGAGACCGUUUUUGUACAGACUAAGUCAGAACCAAAGCAUUGAGGAGAAACGUGACACUGUUAUCCGCAGCCUCAUUGUGUACCUGGGUGAGAAAGGGGAGGACCUUUUUGAAGAUUGCCAGGAGGACUGCCGCAGUGAUGCCAUGCAACAUGUCCUCAAAAUCCUGGUGGUUCAUGGUGCAGAGGAUCCAGCUGUGUCCAUCAUUGUUGAAGGAAAGGAGAUGAUCGAAGGAUGUGGAUGCACCGCUAAAGCAUGCGCAUUGCUUAUGGGACUCAUUUAUGCCCUCAACCUUGCAUAUCCACCAGCUCUUCGAUACACUUUUGAAGUUUUCCAAAAACUUUUCUUGGAUUUGGAUGGCAUUAAGCUGUCCCCAAAAAUACAAGCUUUAAAGUCCAAAUUGCUGGCUUAAAUGCUUCCACCUGAUCA